CUUCAGCCGUUUUCCUCAUAUAGACAUGCUGUUUUUUACUCUGUUUGUGGAUGUGAGCGCCGUGGCUUCAUGAAUCUAAAGCUAAAUUUAGACCUGUCAGUGUGUGAUGAAGCUGCUGGGUUAUAACUGCGCUGUCGAUGCUAAAGAUGCAUUCACAGGAGUUUCCCUGGAUUAGAGGACAAGACACAAACAGUAAGAUAUGGAGAGGGUACGCACUUGGGAAGACGAGGAUACAGACGGAGACCAAGAAAGACGAGACGGAGAUACAGUUGUGGUGUGUAAGAAAGACUGGCAGCCCAGUGUGCUGUCCACUAUUGAGAAAGAGACUCACCAUUACGCUGGUCAUGAGAUUAAAGUCUGGGAAUCACUCGACUCAUUUGGAGCCACAAUCUGGCCAGCAGCACUGGCUCUUUGUCACUAUCUUGAAUCUAAUCAAGCGACAGUCAAUCUUCUCGAGAAGGCGGUGCUGGAGAUCGGAGCCGGCACUGGUCUUGUGUCCAUUGUGGCCUGUCUAUUGGGCGCCUGGGUGACGGCAACGGACCUGCCUGAGAUCCUAGGGAACCUGAGAUGCAACCUGUCGAGAAACACAAGGGGUCGCUGCAGAUACACACCUCAAGUGGCGGCGCUCUCGUGGGGUCAUGACCUUGAGAAGACCUUCUCUCGUUCGGUCUACAAAUAUGACUAUGUAGUGGCAGCUGAUGUGGUGUAUCAUCACGACUUCCUCGCAGAAUUACUGGUCACCAUGCAGCACUUCUGCCAGCCGGGCACAACCCUCAUCUGGGCCAACAAGAUCCGUUUUCAAUCCGAUCUGGUGUUUACAGAUAACUUCAAAAAAGCCUUCCACACCACCCUGCUGGAAGACAACGGAGAGGUGAAGAUUUAUUCUGCCACCAUGAAAGAAGAGAGUGGACUAUUGAUGUCAGAAGUAACCGAGGAGGUCAUGAUGCAAGAGAACAAGGUGGAGAUGGUUGUCAAGGACGAGUCAAAUCAAACGUCUGGCGAGAUGAGACAGGAAACUGAGGUUAUUAAUCUAGAGAACAAUUGUGAGGAAAUACAGACGCUAAAGAUGUUGGAAAAUGGAUCAUUCAUGCCAAGGGAACUUCUGACGGAUCAAACAUUUAUAGAGGAGAUUCAAGAUCAUGCACAGCGAGAAGCCUUGGUAACGGGGCAAGGUUAUAUGCAAAAUCAGGUGGAAGCAUUAAAGUCAGAAGAUCUGAACAACAUCAAAGAGGAAGAGGAGGAGGAAGACUAUACAAACUGUGAAGCUGAAACUGAGGAGUGUGAAGAUGCUGAGAGCUUCACUGAGAUGGAUUCAACAGAUGAAUCACUUUCAGAACAGAAAUCAGAGGACAGUAGCUCAGAGAAUGGUAAACAACAGGACUUCAAGAGAUCGUGGGUACCCACUAUUUACUACAGCAUCGAGAAAGAGAUUCACCACUUUCUAGGACAGAAAAUCGUAAUUCAGGAGUCCAUCGACUCAUAUGGUGCUACCAUAUGGCCAGCGGCUCUUGCACUUUGUCGAUUCUUGGAGAUGCCACAGGGCCGGCGACAGAUUAAUUUACUCGACAAAUCUGUACUUGAACUUGGAGCUGGAACCGGUUUACUUUCAGUAGUAGCCACACUGUUGGGUGCCAAACUAACCGCCACGGAUUUACCCGAGAUUCUGAGUAACCUGACAUGCAACAUCAACAGGAACACAAGAGGGCGCCGGAGACACGAGCCACUGGUGAAGGAACUAUACUGGGGUCACAAGCUAGAGGAGGACUUUCCCAAAGCUACACACCAUUAUGAUUAUGUGUUGGCAACGGAUGUGGUCUACCACCACAGCUACUUGUCUGAGCUGCUAGUCACCAUGCGUUACUUCUGCACGCCGGGAACGACUCUCGUCUGGGCUAAUAAAGUCCGCUACGCCUCCGAUCUGGGCUUCAUCGAGGAUUUCCAAAGAGCUUUUAAUUCUACAUUGAUCAUUGAUCUGGAUGAUGUGAGGAUUUAUGUAGCAACCAGCAACACAUCAGAGGUGGAGGAUGACCAAGAGGCGAAUGAGGAAGAAGAGGACAAGGCGGAAAGCAAGAGGAAAGACGAAGUCAGGCAAUAAAGAAAUCCCAAGAGAGUCUUUGACAUGCUAAAGCCAGUUUAGUUCUUAUAAGAAAAGGGCAAACUCAUCUAACAGGUUCGUUAGGAAGCGUUUGCUUUAUGCAGCACUACAGUGACCUCAACGUUUGAGGUUUUCUUCUCGCUAGUCAUGAAAUCAUAAAUACAAACACUCUGAUCCCCCACAGUCUCCCAGAAUGACCUGCGGUGAAACCGAUAAUGGUUUUACAAGGUCAUCAUGCACAGAGGUGGGUAGUAACACGCUACAUUUACUCGGUUACAUUUACUUAGAGUAAUUUUGGGGGGGAAUUACUUUUAGAGUACUUUUACUCUCACUCAAGUAAAUUUCUAAUGAUUUUUUUUAACUUUUACUUCGUUACAACAGGCGACGUUCCUGUCGUUACAUUACGGGGUUUAAUUUUAAUUAAUGCGUUAAUAAUUAAUUAUUGAACGGGAUUUAUCAUGAGCAUUACCAUACCACACCAUUUUGGGAUGGGGGUUUUCUCCCAAUUUGGAACGCCCAAUUCCCAAUGUGAUUUUAAGUCCUCAUGGUGGCGUAGUGACUCGCCUCAAUCCGGGUGUCGGAGGACGAAUCUCAGUUGCCUCCGCAUCUGAGACCGUCAAUCCGCGCAUCUUAUCACGUGACUUGUUGAGUGGGUUACCGUGGAGACGUAGUGCGUGUGGAGGCUUCACGCUAUUCUCCGCGGCAUCCACGCACAACUCGCCACACGCCCCACCGAGAGCGAGAACCACAUUAUAGUGACCACGAGGAGGUUACCCCAUGUGACUCUACCCUCCCUAGCAACCGGGCCAAUUUGGUUGCUAAGGAGACCUGACUGGAGUCACUCAGCACGCCCUGGAUUCAAACUCACGACUCCAGGUGUGAUAGUCAGCGGCAAUACUCGCCGAGAUACCCAGACCCGUCAUGAGCUGUAUUUACCCUGCGCCCUCGCGGGAGUACUGGAAACUAUCACUGCUACUUCGGGCUGAUUAAGGCAGGGAAACAUCCUUAACAGGUGGAUUAAACUGCCUACUGUAUAAAUCCAUAAACAUCCUAGUAACGUGUAAAUGCAGAUGGCGUGACUGACAACUGGAGUGUGAACAGACAUGUGUCAUUUCCCUACCCUCAUGUUGUCCCGUGUGACCUGUAUUCUGUGGAACACAAAAUAUGUUAGAUGGAAAGUUAGGGACUGACCAUCUCAGUCACCAUACACUGAAAGUAAAUGGUGACUCAGGCAAACAUUGUCAUUCGUGACUCGAGUACUCUUUUAAUUGGAUACAUUCUUACUCAAGUAAUUAUUUCUAUUAGUACUUUUAAUUCUACUUAAGUAAUAUUUAAUUGUACUUUUUCCCGAGUACAGUUUUUGGCAACUCUACCCACCUCUGAACAUGCGCCACUUCUGCCAGCCGGGCACGACUUUUAUGUGGGCCAACACAGGACGUUUUAUCUAUCCGCCUGAAAGCCGAGUUGCAUUCACGAGGAUCCGCGUUGACAGAAUGAGUGCUUUUGAGGAUGAAAUAAUCAUAGAAAUUUCCCAAGAUUGUCAGAUUAGUGACAUCAAAUCUUAAAAGAUAUUCAGAGUUUCGUAUGAGGCACGUAGCAGAACGUAAAGCUGAUGUCCACGAGUAGAGCUGCAUUUUCUGCUUUGUUUAAAUAGUUCUGACUAACUUAUUAGUAGUUAUAACCCCACCCCUAAACACCCCGUAACAACAAAACUGACUGUGAUUGGUCGCUUCACAAUGGUCUAAAUGGGCAGUUCUUGACCAAUUGAAGCGGCUAUAGACUCCAGAACUAUACUGCAGUCAUCGGUCCGGCUACGCGAGACCAGUCAGACUUUAACUUCAGGCAAAGUCCAAAUUUUCCAAUUUACCCAUGUUUAUUGCUAUAAUAAAGACAGAGGCAUCAAAGACGUCAUCGAGGGCUUUAUUUAACGACUGGAUGCUGAUAGUAGUUGACUGGUCCAAUUCUAUAUUCGUAUAUAUCAACAAGGCCUCAUGAUGACAAAUAUGUGUCAUACUGAAGGAUGCACAAAGGCUUUUGUUCACACUGCCAGACAAAAUAUGAUUUUUAGACAUAUCGGACUCCAAACAAAUAAGUUAUUAGUACUCAGAACAGCAACUCGGUUUGGCUGAUUUCAAGAUGUCAUUUAAAAAACAAAUCCAACAAAGUCAUGCAGACAGAUUGUUACUAUAAUACUUUACACAAACAUACAAUAAAACUCAAACGCAAUUUUACAAACAUAAAGUGUGGGCAUCCGUUACUGCAUAAUUAUUAAACCAUUUAUUAAACAAUAGUUUGGGGAGGAUGUGAACUCAAGUGUAGCUCCUUUAACUAGAAUGUGUUCUAGUAUAUUGCAUUUGUUCAUUAACAAAUAAAAUGUAGCAAAAUGUUAGUACAUAAACAAAGUUUAACAGUAGAAAUGUAAAACACUGAAUAAAUUGUGCUUACCUUGUGGUGAUGUAGCAUGUGUACUAUGCAUGUAGCAUGUGUAGUGUGCAUGUAGCAUGUGUAGUAUGCAUGUGUAGUAUGAAUGUAGCAUGUGUAGUGUGCAUGUAGCAUGUGU